GCUGAACUUUGACCCGAUUUAGCGGAACAUCAUGGCAGAGAAAAGAAAUUCUUCUGGAUGGCUUUUGUUGAUUAUCUUAAUUUCUGUUGUCUUCGUGCAUUUAAUGCUAUGCCCUUUUACAAAGGUGGAGGAGAGCUUCAAUUUACAAGCAAUCCACGACAUUCUUUACCACAGACUUGAUUUAGAAAAGUAUGACCAUCACGAAUUCCCCGGCGUUGUCCCUCGAACAUUUAUUGGACCUCUGUUUAUUUCUGCGCUUUGCUCUCCGUUGGUGUUUUUGCUGUCCUGGCUGGAUGUGUCGAAGUUUUACACGCAAAUACUAGUGCGGGGAUGUCUGGGCUUGUGCGUGACCGGUGCACUGUGGAGUUUGCAGAGGGAGGUUCGCAAGCAGUUCGGGUCGACGGUCGCGUCGCUGUUCUGUCUCAUCUGCGCGUCGCAGUUCCACCUGAUGUUCUACAGCUCUAGGCCUCUCCCGAACGUGUUCGCUCUUCCAAUCGUUUUGCUGGCCUUCACGUCCUGGAUGCAGCAAAGACACGGGCGGUUUGUUUCUCUGUCUGCCCUGGCCAUCAUCGUGUUCCGCGGGGAGCUGGCCCUGUUCCUGGGGCUGAUGCUGCUGAUGUCACUGCUGACCAGGAGGAUGGGCUUGUCUCAGCUGUUCUUCUAUGGCCUUCCAGCCGGGAUUGGCUGGUUAGCCCUCACGGUGUGUGUGGACUCGGUGUUCUGGAAGCAGCUGCUCUGGCCUGAGGGGCAGGUGCUGUGGUACAACACGAUCCUGAACAAGAGCUCCAACUGGGGAACCUCCCCCUUCCUGUGGUACUGGUACUCGGCGCUGCCCCGCGCCCUGGGCAGCACGCUGCUGUUCGUCCCCCUGGGGCUGCUGGACAGACGGACGCAGGGCCUCCUGGUCCCGGCGGGGGGCUUCAUCCUGCUCUACUCCCUCCUGCCCCACAAGGAGCUGCGCUUCAUUCUCUACACCUUCCCCGUGUUCAACAUGGCGGCGGCCCGAGGCUGCUCCUUCAUCCUGAACAACUACCACAAGUCCUGGAUGUAUAAGCUGGGGUCUUUAGUCGUGAUCGGCCAGCUGGUGGCGAACGGCGUGUACUCGGGCGUGUCCCUGUACGUCUCCCACCAUAACUACCCCGGCGGACGGGGCAUGGCGGACCUGCACGCGCUGGUGCCGGCCUCGUCCGAAGUUUCAGUUCAUAUUGACGUUUCCGCUGCCCAGACUGGAGUUUCGCGCUUCUUGGAACUAAAUAGGAACUGGAGAUACGACAAGAGAGAAGACCUGGUGCCCGGGGACCCGAGGAUGGGGAACUACUCCCACAUCCUGAUGGAGUCGGACCUUACCCACGUGGCCCUGCUCCUGGACUCGCACCGACCUUUGACCUUCAUUCGGGGGUUCAGUGAACUGGAGCUCCACCCGCUGCGGUUUCCCCCUCUCAGUGUCCGACUGAGCGACAAACUGGUGCUGCUCCAGGCUCUGAGCCUCUCCAGAGAACAGGACUGACGAGGAUUUAUUCCCCCCCCCUCAGCCCCCGCCCACCCAAUGCGGCCUUUGGCUGUGCGUCGAGUCACCCGAGUCAGGUGUUCGCACUGACACUGUGCUGAUAGGGGGGUGGUUGUGUAAAAUAAUAUAGUUUCCUUUAUAGACCAAAGAUAUUUACAGUACGUUCCAUAAUUUGGAUUUUCUGCCAUGACCUUUUCCAUUGCUCUCGGGUUCUCAAGCAACCUUAACGGGAAAAAAAAAAUGAAAACGACAAAAUAAAAAAAUUAAAAAACUGUGGAUCUAUUUUCCAAA